UACUGUAUUUUCCCCCUCCAAUGUAGUCGAUCUUUCAAUUUGAUCUUUGCCGGAGUAGCAGAAUUGGAGCCACCGGCGGCGAACGACGAUGCGGCGGUGCCUCGCGUCCUUUUCAUAAAUUAUUCCUAUAAUAGCAUUAAAGUUUGGUACAAUUGUAGCCUAUUAUUAUUCAUUCUUUCUAUCCCAUCCCCACUCAUCUGCGCUAAGCAGAUUCAUGUCCGUGCAAUUAGGGUUUUGUCCCAAUACUUUACACCCUACAGGGCAGCCAAAUUUGAUUUUGGUUUUUGGACAUUCAGACAACGGCGUCGAGUUACACGAGUUUUCACUGUUGGAGUUCUUCGCUGCUGCCGAAGAAAUGUUGAGAAAAAUUGCGGCGAGGAAAAGUUCACCACCUUACGAAAAAUGGUCCUUCGAUUUAGUCCCUUUCCUAACUCCUCAAUAAUCCAUCCAUCCAAUUAGCACUUACUCGAAUAGGCUGACGAGCAGAAUCCAAGAUGCUUUCAAAACUCGCCGUUAAAGCAUCCCCUCAAAUAAGUUGUUCUUCCCCUAGAUUUCCAUACCAACAGCCUAAGCUGUACUUGAAGAAGGUUGUGUGCUGUGGGAAGGAUGGUUCUUCUUCGGAUUCUCCCAGUUCUUCGGACAAUAAGCUGUUCAAGCUGGUGGAGCAAUCUCUGGUCGACAGGAAUUGGAGGAAGCUCGAUGAUAUAGUGGACACACAUGCUGUGCAAGAAUCGUGGAGCCAGUGGCUGUCGAAGACACAAACCUUUCUGCAUAAAGUGGCUACUCCGCUGGUUAAAUCUGUUCAUGACAGAAGGCCAGCAAUUGAGAAUGAGAAUGAAGAGAUGAUGGAGGAUAUGUUGAUUGUUGAACAGACUGUUGAUUCCAGAACCCCUGGAGGGGAGCUUUCCGAGGCUGCCAUCAUUUCCAUCGAGCAAUUUAGCCGGAUGAAUGGAUUGACCGGGAAUAAAAUGCAGAAUAUAUUCAAAGCACUUGUUCCAGAGUCUAUUUAUAAAGAUCCACGUAAUUUGGUGGAGUAUUGCUGCUUCAGGUUUUCGUCGAGGAAUAAUGCCGAUGUUCAUCCUAGCCUCAAAGAACCAGAGUUUCAGAAACUAAUUUUUAUAACGAUGCUUGGUUGGAGUAAUCCUUAUAGAAAUGUAGGGGACAAUCGAAGUAAACUACAGGAAAGAAACACCUUCCAGACAAAGCUUGUGGGAGAAGAGGCAUUCAUUCGCAUUGCACCUGCAGUUGCUGGACUGGCUGAUUGCCCCACUGCACAUAAUCUUUUCAAAGCCCUAGCAGGCAACAAGAAAGGCAUCUCUUUCGGCAUGUGGACCACAUACACCAACGAACUUCUCAAAGUCCAUGAAAGUCGGAAAGCUCAUUCACUUCAGGAGACUUCCUAUUCCGAGGAAAGAGUCUUCUGCCUUGCUUUUAGUCGAAAGCAGCCAGUAAUAAAAUGGGACAAGAACAUGGCAUGGCCGGGAAAGGUCACGUUGACUGACAGGGCACUUUACUUUGAGGCAGUCGGCUUGCUGGGAGAGAGAGAGGCGGUAAGGCUGGAUCUUACUCGUAUGGAGUCUAGAGUAGAGAAAACAAGGGUUGGACCUUUAGAUUCAAAUCUUUUCGACUCAGCUCUCUCCAUCACAUCUGGUCCGGAGUCCCGACCUUUGGUGCUUGAAUUUGUUGACUUGGGAGGUGAAAUGAGACGGGAUGUCUGGUAUGCAUGCAUCAAUGAAGUUAUUUCUUUGCACAAUUUCAUAAGAGAAUUUGGACCCAGGGAUGGCGAUCAAUCUGUCUUCGAUGUAUAUGGCGCUCACCGCGGGAAAGAUCGGGCUGUUUCUCACGCUGCUAAUUCAAUUGCUCGACUUCAAGCUCUUCAGUAUAUGGGAAAGUCGUUAGAUGAUCCCACCAAACUUGUUCAAUUUUCGUAUUUGAGCAACGCUCCUUACGGAGAUAUCGUUCUACAAACGCUCUCUGUUAAUUGCUGGGGUGGUCCCGUAAUUAAGAAAACUUCCUUCGGCCCCAAUGGAUCUGGCCAACAUCCUGAUGGGACCACUGCAAGUAGUAAUCACAUUUCCGAUGUAGAUGGAAGCAUCUACUUGAGGAAAUGGAUGCGAUCAUCAUCAUGGGGCUCGAAUGCUUCAUUGGCCUUUUGGAAGAAUGCACCGUCUAGACAAGGACUUGUGCUUAACAAAAACCUUAUUGUAGCCGGUAUGAGUCUAGUUGAAAAGGCAGCAGUAACGUGCAGAGAUAAGUCCAAGGCUGCUGAAAAAACACAAGCUACGAUCGAUGCUGCAAUGAUUGAAGGAAUUCCAAGCAACAUCGACCUUUUUAAGGAACUCAUUCUUCCUAUGACCAUCAUGGCAAGAAAUUUCGAAAGACUUAGGCGAUGGGACGAUCCCUUUGUGACAGCAUCUUUUCUUGCACUAUUGUAUACAGUUAUCUUCAGAAACUUGCUGGCAUACACAUUCCCAGUGACAUUGAUGGUGGUGUCAGCUGGCAUGUUAUUGCUGAAAGGCCUCAAGGAGCAAGGCCGUCUUGGGAGAUUUUUCGGGAGGGUUACCAUAUACGAUCAGCCUCCAUCAAAUACAAUCCAGAAAAUCAUAGCCGUAAAAGAGGCUAUCCGCGAAGUGGAGAAGUAUCUCCAGAAUGUGAACGUCGUGUUGCUCAAGAUACGCUCUAUCAUUCUUGCCGGACACCCUCAGGUGACAACCGAGGUUGCGCUGGUGCUACUUUUGGGCUCGACUGUUCUUCUCCUUGUCCCGUUCAAGUAUGUUCUUGCAGUUGUAAUCUUCGAUCUCUUCACAAGGGAGCUAGAGUUCCGGAAGCAAAUGGUGAUAGCAUUCAUGAGCUUUCUCAAGGAGCGCUGGGAUGCAGUGCCUGCAGCUCCCGUUGUGGUGUUGCCGUACGAGGACAAGGAGUCGAUGGGAAAAGACCAGAGGAAACAAGUGAACGGAACCAGCGCCGUAAAGUCGGAUGGAUCGAAACCGAAACCGAGGUACAGUGAUUAAUAAGCCUGGAAUUUUUGGCUUCUCAAUUAUCUUUUGUAUAAUGAGACUUAGGAUUUUGGUAUGCAAGAACAAGAUGUCUAAUGGGCUUUUGUUUUUUUUUUUGAAUAGUUUCUAAUCUGAUUUUGAUUUUUUUUUUUUUUUCCGUAUAUAUAAUAGAAAUUUGGGUAGAAGGUGGUGAUUUGGAUGAAAUGCAAGCGUUUUCAGCGAGAAAAAGCAGUUUAGUUGA